AUGGCUGACGCACAUGGUCUGGCCCUACAGGGCCAGCUACAAACGACCUGCUUACCUCACAUCAUUGGAUGCUAUCUUCGAGUUUUUCUUGGCGAAACUGGCGGCCCGCUUGAGAAUGAUGACACCAGCUGCUCGGUCAGCACAGGAGUUUCAGGGGUUCCACUGAGAGGAGUUGGUAAGGCCUCUGCUGGGCAAGGUGAUUUCCCACGCUGUCACACGCAAACGUGUACACCUUACGGGGCAGAGAAACAGAAGGGAUAUGGCUCUGGCACAAAGUCCCCAGAGACUAAAGGCCACGAGACACCACCAUCGGAGAUUGCAUCCACGAUGCAGACGGAGGACCUUACACUGCUACCUGCAAUGGGAGAACUCAGACACCCUGAUGCCACAGUCCUGGAAGGAAAGCCCUGGAAGCUCGCCCAGGCCCAACACCUCCUGCAGAGGACUGGAAGUUGCUCUUAUAUACCUACUGGCUGA